GUGUGUGUGCGUCGGUGCCUCAGGGGUGACGCGCGCGCCCUCUCGGGAAUCUCACGUCAUGGGCUUGGCGGAGGGCGCAUGCUAUGAUGUGUUUGCAUGUAUGCUCGGUUCGAACGUCCGCCUCCGAAGGUGCGCAUGGUUCUAACACGCCCCCCUGCGCCCUUCUCAGGGGAGCGAGGGGAUGCCCCCUCCUCAUGCUUCCUCCUCCUCCUCCUUCUCCUCCUUCUCCUCCUCCUCGUUCUACUAAGGGGCGCCGGGCGCAUAGUUCUAGAAUGUCUCCCCUGCGUUCUUCUCAGGGGAGCAGGGGGUCAUGACGGUGAUGCGCUCCGGGAUCUGCAAGGUUUCCCGCGUUUUCCCGCGCUCGGCUCCACAAGCGAGGGGGCCGCUGUUUGGCGUCAGCUGUGGAAGCAUGGUGUCCGCUCCCAUCUUCUUCCCCAGCGAAAAAACAAACGAGGGGGCCGCUAGAGCGAUCCAGACUCUUGGAGCGUAUCCUGUGCCUCCGAGCCGAUCGCACCAUCGCGUCGUUCUCGUCCCGAAGGUAGCCGAGCUCUUCGGCGAGGAGCGCUUCGAGAGCGUGAAGACGUCGGCGCUCGCAGUCCUCUUCGCGGUGGUGCCAGAGGCCAUCGGCGGCUUGCUGGACCCGGACCGCCUGACGCCGCGCUGGGAGCUCCAGCUGGACGCCCUCGCCCUGCAGGCAGUGCUGUUCGGCCUCGUCUAUCGCUACGCGGUGCGCGAGGGCGACGACAAUCCGAUGCAGCGCAUGGGCGUGCUGGCCGCCUUCGCCGUGCCUCGCGCGCUGUUCCUGGUGGCGCCGCCCCCAUGCACGGCCGCGCCCCUGAGCUGCGGGGAGCCGCUGGGCUACUUCAGCUGGUCCAUGCUGGGGCAGGCCGCCAAGCACCUGCUCAUCGGCGGGGCGACGCUCGGCGCGGCCCUCUACGGCCUCGAGCGCGCCUUUGCCGUGGGCCUCGUGCGGCGCUUCCGCGGCGGCUCGUGAGCGACCGCGCCGUGCGCAGCGCCGCGCUUCUUCGCACGCCGAGGUCCCCGCGAGAAGCCGGUGCGCCUUUUCGGGCCCGUGGGCGACGGGGGAGAUCGAGUGGAGUAGGAGGCUUGGCCGCUUUAAAAAUCAGUGUUGACCCCAAACAAUCGGUUCUUGUAUUAUCUUGGCACCAUCUGCGCGGUGCAAUGUACAUCGCGCUAAACUGCCGCGCGCGGCACCCAAGAAACUCGAGCA